GCAUCCGCAGUGAAGUUUCUCGUCGGCUAUGGUGCAGCAGUCGACUUCGUUAUAAAGAACAUGCAACAGCCGCUAGAGAGUUCAUGACGAAAACCCAAGGAAUUAGAGCAAAGAAAGUGAAGUGAUAAGUUAUCUUGAAGUUUUCGCUGACCGAUAGCAAAGAUAGCAUUCGCGUCGGUUCUUUCAGUACAGUGAGACGUGUAGUGUUAAUGUGACGUGAUAGUGUUAUAAAAUGCGUGUAUUGUGGUCGCGGUUAGCAGCGCUAGGAUGGUUGGUAGUCGUCGGGUGCCAUACGCCCGGCACGGAGCUGGAGUCGGUCCGGUACGGGCCCGGGGACGACCGGUUCACUAGUGACACGUUUACGCAGGCUAACAUCAAUAUAUCGUAUAAGGAUGAACACGGGGAACAGUACUCGGAGACUUCUGAGUCCGGCAAGUACGGAGAAGGUUUCAUCGGCUCGGCUCGCGGCCUCGCCGUCCAUGUCCGGGCUAAGGGCGAGGACGGGGCCCACGACCACACGGGGUGCACCUGGCCCCUGCUGUCCGUCGCUGCGCCAUUGAGACCACUGCCCGAGGAGCCGUGGAUCGCGGUUAUGAGGAGGGGCAGCUGUAACUUUGAGAUUAAGGUACAGAACGCGUGGCGCGCGAACGCGAGCGCGGUGCUCAUAUACAAUGACCGGGACACCACCGUUUUGGAGAAGAUGAAGCUGUCUACUGACAAUGGACGAAACAUAAGCGCGGUGUUCACAUACAAAUGGAAGGGCGAGGAAAUAGCCCGUCUCAUCGACAACAACACCAACGUGACCAUCGGCAUCAUCAAGGGCCGCACCUUCACACACAUCAACAACAACAUCAAUAAAACAUCGGUGCUGUUCGUGUCAAUAUCGUUCAUCGUGCUGAUGGUGAUCAGCCUCGCGUGGCUCGUCUUCUACUACAUCCAGCGCUUCCGCUACAUACAUGCGAAGGACAGACUUUCGAAACGACUUUGCUGUGCAGCGAAGAAAGCGUUAUCCAAAAUACCUGUUAAGAGUUUGAAGACUGAAGACAGAGAAGUCCAAGGCGACGGCGAGUGUUGCGCCAUCUGUAUAGAGCCUUAUAAAGUGUCCGAGACGCUCAGAUCUCUGCCUUGUAGACACGAUUUCCACAAGAACUGCAUCGAUCCUUGGCUCCUAGAGCACAGAACGUGCCCGAUGUGCAAGAUGGACAUACUCAAGUAUUAUGGCUUUGUGUUCACUGGAAGCCAGGAGAGCAUUCUUCAGCUGGAUGUGGAGGAGGCUCGCAGCCGCGCCAUCAGCCCCGCGCGGAACCGCCAUCCGCUCACACUGCUAACGAGCGACAACUCGUACUCGGAGGCGGGCAGCUCGCGCUCGUCGCGCGCGUCGUCGCCCGACGAGCUGGCGCCGUCGCUGCCGCGCCGCGACACCGCCGACAGAUCUCACACAUCGUCGCCCGACUGCACCGCGCCGCGCGCCGACACGUCGGCCGCGCAAGACUGAGACGGGACACGGCUGUACGGCCGCGUCACGCAGGUGUGACAGGGACAGCUUGAGCCCUCCGUGCGUUACCUUCA